AUGCAUGAUGGAAACUGUUAUACUAAUAGAUCAUAUUUUUUUGAUCUUGACAUUAAAGGAGCCAGUAACAGUAUCCAGUGUGUGUUAGCUGGUACUACUACUCUGAAUGGUGGAAAGUGGGUUACUAAUAAUGGAUCACCAGUUGACUGUAGCACUGAUCCUCUUCGUUGUAAUGAAGUAUCUUCACAUAAUGCUGCUGUCAGUCUUUACAUAACUACUGGACAGAACAUACAACCAACUGAUGAUGGCUGUCACUAUGUUUAUUCACUGUAUAUAGGAUGGGUACAAAUUAAAAAUAUUAGUGUUGAUCUCCCUUCAAAUAUAACAGUUCUUCCUCAAACAUACACACUACAUGCUAUUAGAAUUGGUUAUAGAAUGCCUUAUAUUAAGUCAGCUAAUUGGUACUAUGAAUCUGGUGGUACUAGUAUUGAACUCUGCAGUGUCAAGAACAACGGGCAUUAUCGUUGUUCUUUUGGCGAUGGAAAAGCAACAGACAAAAAUAAUGGAAAAUGGGAUUAUGAGGUUACAUUAAGUGUUCCUCGGAAAGGAGACACUACUAAUGAAGAACUAAGUCCAUGGAAUAGCAAUGGUGAUCUUGAGUACAAGUUCUUUUUACAUGUCGGUGAUGUAAUGAGAAAUCAGUCAAUUACAAUCACUACUUCUAGUAGUCCUCCAAAUAAUGUGAGAGGGUUUAUAUUAAAUGCUACUAGUAUUAAAGUAAACUGGACCACUACAUCAGAGACUAAUGGAUAUGUGAUUGAAUAUGCUACUGGAGGUGCAACCAGGAAUGUAGUAUCUACUAGAGAAUAUGAAAUUUCUGGUAACUGUUCAAUGGUAGAUGAUGAUGGUAUUAAUAUUCAAGUGUUCAACCAAUAUAGUAACUUCAGUAAUAGUACACUUACUACCAUCACUGGUCUGUAUAGUGAAACCUGCUAUAUUUUUAGUGUACGUGCAUACACUGAUAAUGGAUAUGGAUCAUGGACAUUUAUUACUAAUGAGACGCUAACCCUGCCAAUAAAACCAUCACUUACAUUAUCAUCAACCUCAUUGCAAACAAUGACUACUACUAUAAUACCAGAAAAUACUUCAACUAUUGUGACAGUUGGAGGCUCAGGAGUUGCUGUGUUUUUAAUUGCCCUAUUGUUGGUGAUGAUUGUUAUCAUCAUCAUUUUCAUAAAAAGAAAGAAAUCAUUGAAAAUUAGAAACUAUCAUGUCAGCAUGGCUAUGUCAGAAAUACAAGAUAUUGUAACAGAAAAUGAUGAAAGUGAUAGUUGUCAAAUGGAUAGACAAGGACCAAAUUUAUAUGCAGCAAUACAAGAAGUACCAAUUCCAUCAGUUUAUGAACCAACAUACACUGAUGUAGAGACUGCUGUUCUCUCUGUCUCUAAUUUUGAUCCACAGAUUCCUCUUUCUCUACCUAUAUCACUGGAGGAUCUGAAUAUACAUGUAACCAGUUGUCAUAGCAAUGGAUUUGAAAGCCAAUACACAAGCCUCAAGAGUGAAGAAGAAAAGCCAUGUAUUGUUGGAUACAGUGAGGAGAAUAAGCCUUUCAACAGAUUCAAAGACAUCACAGUUUAUGAUGAUAACAGGAUAAUACUGGCUACUAAUCCCAACUUGGAUAUGUGUCAAAGAGAAUAUAUCAAUGCUAACUAUGUUGAUGGAUACAGUAGCAGUAAGAAGUUUAUAGCAUCACAAGGACCUAUGAAGAAGACAUUAGUUGAUUUCUGGCGUCUUAUCUGGCAGGAGAAGCCAGUGUCUAUUGUAAUGGUAACCAACCUGAAGGAAGGAACUAAGAACAAGUGUGAGCUGUACUGGCCUAACACUUUAAUGGAGCAUGAGGAAUUUGGACCUUUCACUGUCUUGCUACAAAGUACACAAACUUUUCCUGACUUUAUCAUUCGCCAACUUUGUGUCACAAUACAAGAUGUAUUUAAUGAUAGUCAUACACUGACUCAGUAUCAUUUAACCUCAUGGCCUGAUCAUGGAGUACCUGAUCAUGCUACACCAUUGAUGUCUCUUCACAAACAAGUUAUGGCUACUUGGUCUCCCUCUAAAGGUCCCAUUCUGGUCCACUGUAGUGCUGGUGUAGGUCGCACUGGUACAUUUAUUGCUUUAGAUAUAGCUCUGGAACAAGCUAAAAGAGAGCGAGUAGUAGAUAUUGCUGGUAUUGUUAAUAGACUUAGACAACAGAGAAUGAAAAUGGUUCAAACACUUGUAAGAAUAAAGUGUAUAUCUAAUACAUUAUUGUAA